GAGUGCCGCUACGGCCAAACACUUUCGGCUAUCGAUCUGUCUAUCGACAUGUGUGGACCCUGAGGUUUUUGUUUGUGUAAAGUUUAUUAUUGUAAUACUGCAAGUACUCGAAAUAUCGUGCGGAUGUUUUCGCGGUAUUUCUUUUCCGAUCCGAGCAAUUAUCGCUGGUACCGCGUUCUCCAAAUUGAAUCUGAGCUUUCGGCCGCUGCGCGGCGGAUCUGAUGGUGAUUUUCAAGAGCUUUGUUUGUAUGGUGACAGUCUGCAAGAAACACGCGAGAACAGUGCACGAAUAUAUUACGAAGGAAGUAAGACACUCGUCAAAAAGAUUCGACUGCAUGCUGGGAUUAAUUCGCACUCUAAAAUGGCAGACAGCCUGAUUCCUAGGCUUCUAGUUUCCAAUUCAUCAAAAGUGUCGAUUCAUUCCGUCGAAAGUGCGAAAGCUGCGGCCUUUAGCAUUGACAGGCUGCUCGCACCCUGCAAAGAAUCCGUUCAAGGUACUUCUACGACGUUUCAGGAUCAACAGCCGAAUAUUUUUCGCAAUGAAACUAUCCUUCGAUCAGAGUCUACCGAACAAGAAUCGAGGCUGACAAGAACCGUGCCAGACUCUUCGAUGUCAGUGACGGAAGAAGAGGAACAAAUAGACCUCGAAGACGUGGAUAUAGUUUGUUCAACCUCACCCGAGCCCGAAAUCAGCUAUGAGGCCUGCACGAGCAGCAGUGGAACACACUUGUCAUCGAGCAGCAUCGCCGGGGAUGACAACCCCUUGGGGCGACCCGGAAGCGGCUGUGGAACCAGCGACGAAGAGCGGAAGAAGCGACCACGCACCGCGUUCACUGCCGCCCAGAUCAAGUCCCUGGAAGCUGAGUUCGAGAGGAACAAAUACCUGAGCGUCGCUAAGCGAUUGCAGCUGAGCAAAAGCCUCAAGCUCACCGAGACUCAGAUUAAAAUUUGGUUUCAAAAUCGACGAACAAAGUGGAAAAGAAAGUAUACUAACGAUGUCGAAUUGCUAGCUCAACAGUACUAUUCCAGCUUGGGAAUCCCAACGCCAAGGCCUAUAUUUGUUGGUGAUCGUCUAUGGUUUUUCAACUACCCGGGGCAGCCAACGCACCCGGGAAGCCCGUUGCUGCCGUCGCUGUCUCACCUGACUCCGAUGGCUAUGCCUCCAUCAAUGCCGAGUGUGCAACCAUUGCCGAGCAAUCUUUCUCCUGGUCAGCACGCCGCCAUAUUCCAGGGCCUACCUUCACCCCACUCUUUGCAUAACGCGACGCAACGAUUAGACUACAGACUUGUUCAUCCUCAUCGCACCGAGGAAUCAUGAGAACGGCAUACGUGCAGUCGGAAUUACAAGAUUAUGAAAUUUGAAUAACCGCAGUCGUCAUUCAACUAAAAAUUUGGCGUUCACAGUUUCGUUUUGGAACUACACGAAGGGAAAGAAUUAUUUGAGUCAAGUGAUAUUCGUUUGAAUCAAUUAUGUAAAUGCUAAAGUCAAAUGUGGCAAACGCAAUACUUAUUUGAUUAUAACAAAAUACUUUUGUCGGACGAAACACUCGUGACAACUUAAUGUAGACCUGAAUCCAGCCUCUGAAUGAUUAUGCCGACUCUAUCAAUUUAUUCAAAAUAACACGGCGUGAGUUCAUUGCAAAUAAUGUGAAUUUUCUAUCAAGAAAAUUUGUGAUUGGAAUGACUGAAAAUUUGAUUGAACACACCGCGAUCGUCCUGUUUUAAAAAUAUGAAGUUUUUAUAUCAAAACAAAUUGAGCUUGUUUUAAUACAUGUUUUGUUAAGUCAAGAGUUCAAUGAUCGAAACAGGUGAUGAAACUUGUUAUUAAAAAAAGUCAUUUGCAUUGACUGGGCAUUAGAAAUAUUCAAGAUCCAACCAGUUAUGCCAAAUGAGCUCCGGUUGGAUCAAAAAAGUACGGCAUUCAAUAGGUGUAAAUUUGUUUGGCUAGAUUCAUGUACCUAUUUUAACUGAAGUACCUAAUUUUUUCUGUCAGCAAACAUGCGACUUGGAAGAACAAUAAAUAAACUUCAAAUGAAAUGAUAUUUAGUUGAUUCAAUUUCGAAAACACAUCAAAAGGUUCGCUCGAAUCGAUACUUCAUACAAUCGCGACAAGAAAGGCUUUUGUUAAAUCAAAGCAUUCGCUUGACUAAAUCAUUUUGACGUACUAACUAAAUCGAAAUUGUUAAAUUGAAGUCAUCGCAUUCCGGACAAAUAAGGGAUACUAGAUUCAAGUGAAUGAACUCGGAAAAAAUCUGUUUUGUUGGUUCAAGAAUUCCUUUCCGUCUGUGUUUUAAAGCUACAUACCGGUCUUCUUUUUUCGAUUGACCAAACUGUUAAAAUAUUUGAAAAACUAUGGGAAGCGAAUGAAAAACCUGAGGAAUGAUAGAUACGGAAAUAACUCAUGCGUACAGGUGUAGGAAGAGAAUUUAAGAAUAAUUUUACGUACCUCGUGAUUGAUGCUGCGCCGUUUCGAAUCUUCGCUUUUAUAUUAUAUAUGUAUGGGUAUCUGUAAUUGUGCAGGAGUUUGAAGAAAUGGGAUAAUGAAUAUGAUUUAAAUGAGAUAUUUUACACUGAGAGAAAGAGUUUUUACGUAUCUUGAUAUCUGUAUGACAAAACAAUUGUAUUUAUUUAAUAUUUAUGUUUACAUGAAGGAUGAUUUUUUUUCAUAUUUACAGUAAAUAUCUCGGAAUUUAUUAUUUAUUUUUACAACGGAUGCGAUGUAGGGUGGGUGCACUGCUUUCAAUCACUGUUCUCCCCUUGCUCCACAUUUUCAAUGACAAUUUUCACUUGGCAAAUUUAGUUUGUUAAUCUGGGGGAAGUUUUAAACUGAAACACGAUAAUAAUGUG